GGAGCGGGGCGGGGCCGGGCCAGGCCGGGCCGGCCCGGGCGGGGCGCGCGGCGGCACCGGGCGGCGAUGGCGGCCGACGGGGACUGGCAGGAUUUCUAUGAGUUCCAGGAGCCGGCCCGGAGCCUCCUGGACCAGGAGAACUGUAACGCGAGCGGCGGCAGCGGGGCGGGGGCGGGCGCGGGCGGCGACGGCUUCCCGGCGCUGGCCUGCAGCCUGCAGGAGAAGCUGAGCCUGUGUUUUCGGCCCCCCGGUGCGGGCGCGGAGCCCCCGCGGGCGGCCGUGCGGCCCAUCACGGAGCGCAGCCUCCUGCAGGGGGACGAGAUUUGGAAUGCUCUGACAGAUAAUUAUGGAAAUGUAAUGCCAGUAGACUGGAAAUCGUCCCAUACUAGAACCUUGCAUUUGCUUACUCUGAACCUCUCUGAGAAAGGGGUCAGUGACAGUCUGUUCUUGGAUUCGUCGGAUGAUGAGGAGCUGAGAGAACAGCUGGACAUGCACUCCAUCAUCGUCUCCUGCGUGAACGAGGAGCCCCUCUUCACUGCCGAUCAGGUUAUUGAAGAAAUUGAAGAAAUGAUGCAGGAAUCGCCAGACCCAGAAGAUGAUGAAACCCCCUCGCAGUCAGAUCGGCUGUCAAUGCUUUCCCAGGAAAUCCAAACUCUUAAGAGGUCGAGUACAAGCAGUUACGAAGAAAGAGUGAAAAGACUCUCCGUGUCUGAAUUAAAUGAACUACUGGAAGAAAUCGAGACUGCCAUCAAGGAGUACUCCGAGGAGCUGGUGCAGCAGUUGGCCCUGCGAGAUGAACUGGAGUUUGAAAAGGAAGUGAAAAACAGCUUUAUUUCUGUUCUGAUUGAAGUGCAAAACAAACAGAAGGAGCACAAAGAAACAGCCAAAAAGAAAAAGAAACUCAAAAAUGGCAGCUCCCAGAAUGGGAAGAACGAGCGAAGUCACAUGCCCGGCACACGCUUCAGCAUGGAAGGCAUCUCGAGUGUCAUUCAGAAUGGCCUCCGCCACACCUUCGGAAGUUCAGGUGGAGACAAACAGUAUUUGACCACAGUCAUUCCUUAUGAGAAAAAAAAUGGACCACCGUCUGUUGAAGAUCUUCAAAUAUUAACAAAAAUUCUCCGGGCCAUGAAGGAGGACAGUGAGAAAGUCCCGAGCUUGUUAACUGAUUAUAUACUGAAGGUCCUGUGUCCCACAUAGAGCGGCGUUACUUCCGGAGCCGUGCAGUCUCCUGUGGACUUGCGCUGGAUUUCCCAUAGCAUUAUUCUCAUCAUUCUGCAAGCUGCCCACCACGACCUUCCUGCUGUUGGAAACCCAGCACACUUGAACUUGGGUUUGUGAUUCAGUAUUAAUAGAUCAUGACUUCACUGAUUCUUUGUAUUCUAGAACCAAGAGAACGAUGGCACUAUUUUGAAUUCUGGAGAUGCUUUCUGUUGGAUCUGCUAACAAUUCCGAACUGUUCUUUAGAGUGAGGGAGAGCAAUGUUAGCCGUGCAUGUGCAGUCACAUGUUUUAUUAACUGAUCAUGUGCCCAUUUGGGUUUUCAUGGCUUUCUCUGUCACACUGCACUGAAAGGCUGGACACCAGCAUUGGCAGAUUCGUACUGUAGCAAGGGCAAGAACCAGCACUGAUUUUUGUGAGAAAAUCCCAAGUAUGCGCAUUACCUGUCAGUAUUGUCUAGAAAGACCGAAAUUCAGCGCACUGAGGCUGUUCCUGAAGCAACCCCAGACCACGCAUUGCUUGUUUUAUAGUGACCGCUGACACUGUUGGGCAGAGCGGUUUUAUAGCCUGCUGCUGCUGCUCUGCCUCUCGUCUAAAAACCGUUCUAACCGUUCACUUGCCACUCAUCUUCAGACUCUUGCUGUGGCUCCUGUCUGGGAAGACGUGUGCCUCCUAAGGUGCUCGAGAAGCCGUGUGCGGCAGCACUGCCCGGCUCGCGAACUCUGUUGUUUCAGUCACACCUGUGCACUUGCCUCAAGGACUAACUCGAAAGACAGCUACUCAUGCAUACGUCACUGGUCACACACACUCUGGCCAGUUUCAGUCAAAUCAGUGGCAUUUAAUAAAUGUAAAAAAAAAAAAGUGUCAUGUGUACUUCAGAACCUUUUUUUUUGGUGGACUUUCUCUCCUUGCAGUGCAAACCAUUUACUCUUCAUUCCAUGCAGAGUCCAUCCCUCUAGUCUGAGAGCCGCAGAAACCCUGGUCAGCCCCGUGAGGUUACGGAGGGGACACGAGGAAUUUUCCAGAUUGUGCUGAGUGGCAGAAGUUCUGAUUCACUUCUGGGGCUCUGAGACAUUCUGAACACUUUGAGCAGCUGCCUCCCUUAUAGAACGUGAGUGUAGCAAGCACCCUGUUACAUCUCCACGUAGGCCCCUGUUGGCACACAUCCUUGUCUCCCUUAGGAGCUGAGACGCUGCCACCUUGAAGACAGCAGACUGGUUUCGAGUUUGGUGCCAGCUUGGCAUUUUAGGCAUUACCUAGUGGUAUAAGAAACUUGAGAUGGUUUUGUUAUUUUACCAGCGUCUUAUUUGACAGUGAAGAUGUGGAACUUAUUUGCCUCUUCCUCUAAAACUGAUGGCUACUUGCACAGUAAUAGUAAUCUGAAAAUAUUAGGCCUUGUACUAGAGAAAUGCAGCAUUAAAGAGCAUACAUUAUGGAAAAAGGUCUCGGAAGAUGUGCUUUUUGCAGACUUGGUGGUGAGCUGUCUAUAGCGCCUUCCUGAGUUGAUGCUUCUGGGGUAUGAAUGCACACCUGUUGUUUUCCUACCACCUCAAAGUCCCCCGAUUUUGCUGAGUAAGAGCUAGGGCUUCCUCCUGGUGACCCUUCUGUCCCUUAGUUUUUUUUUUUUUUUUUUUUUGACAGGCAGAGUGGACAGUGAGAAAGAGAGAGAGAGAAAGGUCUUCCUUUUGCCGUUGGUUCACCCUCCAAUGGCCUCCGUGGCUGGCGCACCGCGCUGAUCCGAAGGCAGGAGCCAGGACUUCUCCUGGUCUCCUAUGGGGUGCAGGGCCCAAGCACUUGGGCCAUCCUCCACUGCCUUCCCGGGCCACAGCAGAGAGCUGGCCUGGAAGAGGGGCAACCGGGACAGAAUCCGGCGCCCCGACCGGGACUAGAACCCGGUGUGCCGGUGCCGCAAGGCGGAGGAUUAGCCUAGUGAGCCGCGGCGCCGGCUUGUCCCUUAGUCUUGACACUAAUGAUGUGGUGUUUGACAUGUGACUGACACAGGCAGGUUUUCUGUCUCUGCUGUGUACGUCGGGGGGCCCCUUUUUGGCAGGUAUUCCUGCCUAGAGCAGCACAGGGGCUUCUCGGGACGUGGGGUGCACUGGGCUGACACUCUUAACAGGGCUGCUCACCUGCUGGGUCCCGAUAUGGGAGCUCUUGGAAAGUUCAAGUGUGUGAUUUGACUUGCAGGGUCUACCUGUUGCCAAGAACCAAGUUGUAAAUAAACCCUCUGCACUUUGUUUUGAAGAAAACAAAAACCAACUGUGGAACUGUGGUGCACUCCAAGUGCCAUAUAUCUAUUUUAUUCUUCAGGAAAUUAUAUUUGUUUUUCUCUUACAAGAGCACAACAGGAACCAAAGUAAAAGAGUAACAGAUACAGCACUCAGGAUAAAUCAUAUCUUUAAAAUAAUAAAAAAAAUUUACACCUUGUCCUAUAUCCUGUUAGUAUUUUCAUAAUAUGGCCAUGAUUGAAAAAACAAAAAGCAAGCAUUUACAAUUUUUUGGAUAAAGACUUUUUAUGCCAGGAAUGGAUUAAUUGUCAACAAAAUUUUUAUACUAAUCAGGUUGAUGUAAAUCUAUUUUGGUAACAUCAUUAACAAAUUUAUUUUGGAAAUAGAUAAAAAUAUUGCCCCUUGAUAAAUUUUUUUUCCUUUGAUGCAAACAGCUAGAACACCUUUUUCUUUCUUUUUGAUAUUCUAAGACAAAAAAAUGGUUAAUCUUCAGAUUAAUAAAUUAGGUCAUUAUAAUAAUAAAUUAAUUUUUUUUAAAGUUCAGCAACCUCUGUCCAAGUAUUUACAACAAUACUUGAAAGUUCCUUUACAAAACAGAACACAUUUUCUUUUCACAUUAAGCAUACUGGGUAUCUGUGUCUUUCACAACAAGCAUUUUUAAAAGAAAAAAUCAAUGCACAAAUGGGUAAUUAGUAUAAAAGUGCUAAGAGCUGUUUGAAAAGUUAA